UAAAGACUUCCACGAAUGAAUCUCGAUGGGAGGAGUUUCCUGCCUGCAGGGGUAGGUAGCGAAUUACACCUACAAGCAUCUUUGUUGAGCUCGCUGAAGAACUCCGCACCACUGAUGGGGGCAAAGCAAGGAUGCUGAGGAAGGGACCGGACUGGAACAGCUGUCAAUGUGGAAUCUUUUGUCGAGCGCGCACAAGCAUGGACGGAAGAGACAAUGCGGCUGAGUCCAAUUUUGCGACCUUUUGAAGAGUCUCCAGAACACCUACCCCACAGAGAGAGCGGAGCGCACCCAUCACGACCUCAGACGGUUCGAGCAUUUCACCACCGGAAGAGACUUCGCAGAGACAAAGAUGCCUGUCCUACAGCGAGAACAACCCAAAGGCUCCAAAGAAAACACGGUCUUGCCCAAGCUUCCAGUCCCACCUUUACAGCAGACCCUGGACACGUACCUGAAAUGCAUGGAACACCUGGUGAGCAAGGAGCAGUUCAGGAAGACCAAAGCCAUCGUGGAGAAGUUUGGCGCUGCCGGAGGCGUUGGGGAACUCCUCCAGAAGAAGCUGCAAGAGAGGAGAGACAAAACCGACAACUGGGUGUAUGACUACUGGCUGGAAGACAUGUACCUGAACAACAGACUGGCACUUCCUGUCAACUCCAGCCCGGUCAUGGUCUUCCCAAAACAGAGCUUUCGAGAUCGCAGUGAUACUCUCAGAUUUGCUGCUCAUCUAAUCUCUGGAGUUCUGGAGUACAAGGCUCUUCUUGACGGGCGGGCCCUGCCUGUGGAGUACGCUCGGGGCCAGCUGGCUGGCACGCCUCUCUGCAUGGAGCAGUACUACAGGCUCUUCUCCUCCUACCGCCUGCCCGGGCCUAAGAAGGACACACUAGUGGCCCAGAAGAGCAGUGUGAUGCCAGAGCCGGAGCACAUCAUCGUGGCCUGUAAGAACCAGUUCUUCGUUUUGGACGUCGUCAUAAACUUCCGCCGGCUCAACGAGAGAGACCUCUUCACACAACUGGAGAAAAUCGUGAAAAUGGCGGCCAACGCGGAGGAGCGGCUACCUCCCAUUGGCCUGCUGACGUCAGACGGCAGAACGCAGUGGGCCGAGGCCCGGAGCGCGCUGAUGAAAGAUUCAACAAACAGAGACUCUCUGGAUGCGAUAGAGAGGUGCCUGUGUCUGGUUUGUCUGGACGAUCCCAGCGGAGUGGAGCCAACUGACACUAAUAGAGCCUUGCAAAUGCUCCACGGCGGCGGUCACAACAAAAACGGCGCUAACCGCUGGUACGACAAGCCCAUGCAGUUUGUUAUAGGGGCAGAUGGCGUCUGUGGCGUGGUGUGCGAACACUCUCCCUUCGAAGGAAUCGUUCUCGUGCAGUGCUCAGAGUAUCUUCUUAAAUACAUGAAAGGAAGUCCCUCCAAGCUGGUGAGGGCGGCCAGCGUCAGCGAGCUUCCUGCCCCCCGGAGACUCCACUGGAAAUGUUCCCCCGAAGUCCAGGGGUUCCUGGCAUCGUCGGCAGACAGACUCGAAAGGUCGGUAAGAAAUCUGGACAUGGAUGCUCACAAGUUCAAAAUUUAUGGAAAGGAAUUCAUCAAAAAACAGAAAAUGAGUCCAGAUGCAUACAUACAAGUCGCGCUUCAGUUUGCAUUUUACAGGUGUAAUGGACGGGCUGUGUCGACGUACGAGAGCGCUUCCAUCCGCCGUUUCCGAGAAGGGCGGGUGGACAACAUCCGCUCCGCCACGGCGGAGGCCCUGGCCUUUGUGAGAUCGAUGACGGAUGAGAAGUCCUCUGUGCCCGAUGCUGAGAAGAUGAAACGACUGUGGGACGCUAUAAAUGCCCAGACCAAUUACACUGUUCUAGCAAUCACAGGGAUGGCAAUAGACAAUCAUUUAUUGGGACUGCGAGAGAUCGCACAGGAACUGAAAAUGGAAAAACCAGAGAUCUUCACUGAUGAAACGUACCUGAGCAGUAACCAGUUCAUUCUGUCCACAAGCCAGGUACCCACCACUGUGGAGAUGUUCUGUUGCUAUGGGCCCGUGGUUCCCAAUGGCUACGGUGCCUGCUACAACCCCCAGCCGGACCACAUCGUCUUCUGCGUGUCCAGUUUCCGGGAGAGCACAGAGACGUGCUCGGCCGUGUUCACGGAGGCGCUGGAGGGCUGCCUGCUGGAGAUGAGGGAUCUGUGCAAUAGGUGCAGUGCCGCAGCCAAGCCCACCAAUCAGAAGGAAGGGGCCGCCAAGCCCACCAAUCAGAAGGAAGGGGCCGCCAAGCCCACCAACCAGAAGGAAGGGGCCGCCAAGCCCACCAACCAGAAAGAAGGGGCCACCAAGCCCACCAAUCAGAAGGAAGGGGCCGCUAAGCCCACCAACCAGAAGGAAGGGGCCGUUGAGCUGGUGAGAAACGGAAAUAAGCCAUAAUCGAGGAGAGCUCGUCAAACAGCGGACUCUCCUGACCCUUCUCAGUCACAAGCACUGCGCUGUGACAGGGGACUCGUCAUGUAGAUGUAUGUGCUUUUUAUUGGCGUUUCGCGAAGAUUCAAAAUUUAAUUACAUUUGCUAAAUGUAGAAUAUUUUUCACUCACGGAUGCAAAUAUAGUGAGAAUAUUUUAAAUGAAAUAUACAAAUACAAGAAUAUUUAUCUAGCCAGCUACACGCUCAUUAUGGAGGAUUAUGGUACUUUGGCGGACUGCCAUCGUGGACUAGAAAAGAGUAAACAGACUGCAUAGCAAUGGCUGAUGAAAUUCAUUCAGAAAGAACUUAAUUUGUUUUGUUUACAGUAGUAUUAAAUCUUAAAAUUCAAACUAUUAGAAAAAAAAUGCCUCUGUUAGGAAAUGAAGGCAGUUGAGGUCAAAUUAAAAAUCUUUAAGCAUACUGUACAACAUGAACCUCUUGUUUUGUCAGUGGCAGUCUUUGGUUGGGUAAGGAACACAACAUAUGACUACUAAUUGGAAAUCAGGGUAGGACAUAUCUAAGCAUCCAAGUAGAACAGAACAGUGUGCUGUCAUCAACCUUGCUAAAUACACAGACCUAAAAAUGGAUAUUAGAAAUAUCUUAUGUAGGUCACCCUGAAUGCAGUUCAUCUUUAAAUAAACACUUUAAAUAAUACUUCUAAACUAUGUAGUGGAAUAAAAAUCUCUGCAGCUGUUCAUCAGUCAAAACAUUGUUUAAAUUUACUUCUUUUGUAGAAUGCAUAAUUCCCUUGCUGCAUAGUACAGCAUCCACAAAUAUUACCAUAGACUUUUUCCUUCUUUACAUUUUCUGUGAAAGGUUUAUUUUUUAAAUCACUGUCUGUGCAAAUUUUAUACAAAUAUAAUCAGUUGUUGCAUAGAUACAUUUUGACAUUCAAAUGGUUAUGUGUUCAAAGUGCAAUACAAUUGACAUGGCCAAAUUAAGGUCAGAAAACUUUUGCAUUAACAUGAAUCAUAAAUUUUGCUUCAAACAUUGUUUACAAACAUGUAAAUUGUGUUAAGUAAAUAAAUAAAUCUGGCAUGGUUAAAAUAGAUUUAGCUGCCAAAGAGAAAAAUUUCUAGGUUAACUCCAAUAGAAAAAAUAGUAUUUUAUGUAGCACAGUGUUGUAAAUAUGGUACCAGUGGGUCAUUAACAAAAAUGAAUGUCAAAUUCCACGUUGAUGACAUACAGCAAAUCACUGGGAAAACAGUGAAUGAAUGGUAACUCAUGAACAAGAUUGUUACAUUUAUAGUUUUGUUAUUAGAAAGUUUAUGUGACUCAAUAUGUGUUUGAGUACUUACCAAUUUUAGCUUGUGUCAUGAAAAAUUAGUAUGUCUAUGGAAAUUGUGCUGUAGCAAUACUAUAAAAAAGGGAAAUUUAAUUAAAAAUAAAAGGUCUAUAUGACCUACAAACAUGUAUUCUGUAAGAGUCAGGUGCAAUAUGUCCAUUGACCCAUUGUGGGUUUUUUGAUGUGUGAACCUUUAUCUGCUAAGACAUAGCUAGGUAAUAUAUCUUUUAAAUUAUUUAUGCAAUAAAAUAUAUAAAGCAAAAAUAACGUCAUACAGUACAUAAAAGUGAAAAUGGACCGGGUAACUCUGCAUUUCUUUUUUAAGAAUUCUUGUUCCCACAAAUUUGUGAACAUGAUGAAAACUAUCAUACCUCCACACAUGUAUUCAGUCUAGCAGUCGAAGGAAUAUACUGCACGUUGUCUUUGUCAAAAUGUUACAUUAUGAGUAGAACUAUUUAAAUAUGAAGUGUAGCACUGCACAAAAGUGUAUCUAUGUAGACAGGCUUGUGUUAGAAAUAUAAGAUGUUCAUUUUCAUAUUAAUUGAAUUAAGAAAAGCAGUGAUUAGAUCCAGUGAACUUGCAAAAUCAUGUCGUAUGUGCAAUGCUGUGUUAGACAUGAUGUUCAUGACACUGAAAUCAAGUCUCUUUAAUUAUUUACAAAAUACUAAGAGUGAAUUAUAUGCACAAUUAAGUUAUUUCAUGAAUACAUGGUGCACUUUAAAUAGGUUUAUACAAUACCAAUGUUUCUCUGUUGCUUUGGCAUACAUAUCAUUCAUCUGUCGUACUGGAAAAUAAUUUAACCUAUGUGAAUUAUGACAAAAGUCAUUUAUGCCUUAAAUUAUAUUAACUCUGAAUUGUUUAUGUUCUGAAAUUUUGGAGAAAAAAAAUGCAUGGAGAAAAUUAAUACUAAUGUAGGGACAUCUAUUCAAUUGUUUUAAUUUGGGGAAAAUAUGCAAGCCUUUCUUGUGAUAAAUCGACACUUUAUAUAAAAGUGAACUUUUUAUGUAUCUUUUAAGUGAACUACAACAGUACUGCUACUUGACACUUAAUUUAAUUUCUGUUCAUUUCUGUCAUUUUAUUUUGAGAUCAGUUGAAUUGUCCUUUGUGUAUGUAGUAAUUUUAUGUAUAAAGUCAUGAUGAGCAUAGAAAAAUUUAAAAUAUAGUAUAAUAUUUAUUUUUGUAAUGUGGACAACAUGGGUGCAUAAAUGUAUUUUCAUCAGGAUAUGUUUUGUCAUGUGUAUAAAAAAAGAAUUGUAUAGUACAAAUGUAUAUUGUAAUCUUGUGAUGUAAAGAUCAAUCUUAUCUGAAAAUAAAGCUUAUGAAUAGUUGAAGAACUGG